AUGGUCUCGCAUCCCGACUCCGCUUCCUCUCUCACCUUGCGAGGCCCUUCCUCGGUCGUUUCGCGUCCUUCCCUUUCGCGCACGAAGCGAUACAACAGGUCCCACGUCGGCGGCGCCACCCACGUAUCCCAGAAUGAAUUCCCCAUCUUUAGCAACUCGGGCGAUGUCGAGAUCAUAGUCAAGGCUGGCAGCCACCACAACCGCUACCUGCUGCAUCGUCACACUCUCACCCGAUCAUCCGGUUUCUUCGAGGCCAGCACAAGUCACGAGUGGUCCAAGCCAGUCACUGAUGGCGCCUCUGGCGAUGUCGCCCGCAUCGGCGACGGCUCAUCUGUCGAUUCGUCAUCGAACGCCCCAGCCUCGAGCCGAGCCCUGACGACGUCGGUCAACCCAAGGAAACGAUGGCGCUAUGAAUUGGAUCCAGGAACAGGGGAUGGGGAUAUUCCAAUGCUGGUACAAAAGGACGAGGACUACCCCAAGGGCUCCUCGGGCAGCCAAACCACGUCGUUGUUCGGUCCCGGCGGCGCUGGCGGCACCAGCAAUCAGCCCAUGCCUUUCGCGCGAAGCAAGACAUCUAGUCACUCGCACUCUUCAUCCGCCCACUCAAGCCACAACUUUUUCCGUUCCGUGGCCAACCUGAGUCUCGUGCCGAGCUCGACGACGACGACGGCCCAGCCUCUCUCACAGGCCGACCAGGAUUUGCUACGGGAUUAUGAUAACCUCUUCCGCAUAUUUUACAACUAUCCACCGGUCCUGGAUGGGGUGAAUAUUGCCGACGCUUACGUGCAAUGCAAGUCACUCAUCACCCUGGCGGACCUGUACGACGCGCUUGCCGUGGUCGGCCCUAGGGUUGACCAUCACUUGCUUCAAUUCCAGUCACGACUAUGGAAACAGAUUGCCAAGUAUCCAAUAUCUUACCUUCGCCUCGGCUACCUUGCGCGCAGUAGGGUUAUUUUCCAGGAGGCCCUCAUCCACGUCGUUGGGCAAUGGCCGUCAGGGGAACGCAGUCUGCGUGCUGCUCUUCCCGACAUAGUCCUUGACAUCAUUGAGGACAAAGUUGACGAGCUCGAGGAGACCGUCAGCCGGGUCGAGGGCCGUCUCUUUCGGCUGAACCUAAUAACAGCCCGGGGUGAGCGUGUCACACCUAGUACAUCCUAUCUGGACUGGCUUGCAGUCAGUUUGUUUCGACAGUGGCUGGCAGAUAACACCAGCCCUCCACCUCCCGACAGACGGAUGCAAGCCUCUCGCGACAGCCGCAACGGCAAUCCACAACAACUGGCCCUCCCCACUGUUGUGCCGCCUUUGGCAACGGUCGGCCGCACAUACCGCACUCUUGGCGCUUCCUCGUCGGUCUACCUUGGCCACGACGAGUGCAAACGGUUCCUGAAAUUGACACCCGAGCUGUAUAGCCGCGAUAAUCUACGCCGCUUCGAAAAGCGCAUAGAUGAGCUCAAGUCGAUGGCCCGCGAUAUUGUGCGGCCGCUGAUGGGAAGUGGGCUCGAGCUAGACACCAGUAGUGGGAGAACGGCCGAUUCCAUCGGCUACCUUACAUGCGUAACGGUGGGGGAUCGUGAUCUUCCCUGGCAUGUUGACCUUUAA